AUGUUCAAUCCGUCACAAGGCUGGAUAAAAAGAUGCCUUGCGUUCAUUUUGGCCUUGAAUCGACAUGUAAAUGCCUUUCCAGCUGCCCCCCGAAAUCCAUUGUUAGUUGAUCAGAGGUUCUUGCUGCAGAAAAAUCCAUUCACCGCUGCCAACCACUACUCUCGACAAUAUUUUACGACGGUGUUUUCGCAGUCCACUACAGACGAUGCCAUUGACAUUGAUGAUGAUGAUGACGAUGAGAAUGCACGCUCGCAAUUCGGGACACGACAAUAUUGGGAUGAUUUGUACCUGGGACGAGGCGAUUUUCCGGCUGAUGAGUAUUCAUGGUACUUUGGUUGGGAAAUUCUGCAAGAUUACGUCCAAGAAUAUCUUCCAUCGGAUACCGGUCGGAUCCUCUGUCCAGGAAUUGGUAACGACUCCAUUCUAGUGGACCUGUAUCGAGCCAAAUACCACAAAUUGACAGCGUUUGACUACUAG